AGUACUGCUCUUUCCUCUUCCCGUGCUAAGUUUGUCCAUUGUGGGCUACUGUAGGAACAUGCAGUUCAAAACCGUGAGCCACAGCAUCUGUACACAUUAGUGUCAUUCAAGGUGAUAGGCUACGGCGGUUGUCAACAGGUUGACUGUUUGACAUGAACUGACCCUUUGCUUUCAAAUUGCACUUCAAAGCUGCAUGCUAAAGUCCUGAACAGAGGGAUGACCCGCUGCAGUGACAAUGAUGAGCAGAGUGAUGACGGAGCAGAACAAACCAACAAGAACCAGAAGAAGAGAAGUAAAGGAGAGAAGCAUGUGUCGUUCCCCCCUGAUGAACAGAUUGUGUCUGGAUUUGCUGAGCACAGGAGCACUGACAGACAGGUUGACAGCUGCCUCACCUUGACAGAGGUAAUGGUGGCCUACCAGCAGAGCUGCAGCAGACACCAGGUCCAACCCAGAGAGCACGUCCUGCAGCAGCUCCAGCAGGGUGUGUGUGUAGGUGGCAGUGUGAAAUGUCUGGAUCUCAAAGGUGAGCGAUUAGACCACCGCUCCUGUGAAGCUCUGGAAGUCGUCCUGAAAUCGCUGCACUUUGAUUUCAUCAAUCUGCAGGCAGCCCAACUGGAAGAAAAUGGAGCAUCGUCCUUGCUGGAUAUGAUUUUGUACUAUGAAUCUACAACCCAUCUUGACAUUUCCGACAACAGCAGUAUGGGAACAUCGUGUUGGAGGGCCCUCGCUCAUUUGAUAAAGCAGAGUGUGCGUCUAUCCAGGCUGGAUGUGUGUAACAUGCCCGUGGUCGACUACCCGGCCCAGUCGCUAUCUAAAGCUCUGCUGACCAGCCGGCUCACAGUGCUACGCCUUCACAAUGCCCAGCUCAGCGGCGUGCCGCUAUACACACUGGUUGGUGCACUGAAGUCAAACAGGUCCCUGCAAGAGCUCCACCUUACCAACAACCUGCUGAACAGCUACCAGGACGCCCUGCAGCUUGGAGACCUGCUACGCUACAACCGCACUUUACUGACACUGGAGCUGAGCAACAACUCUGUAGCAGAUGCUGGUUUGGAGGAGCUCUGUGAUGGUCUGAGGCUGCAGACGGCUGGUCUGAGAGUCUUACUGCUGAGGAACAACCAGAUUACUGCAACUGGAAUGGUCCAUUUGGCCAAGGCUCUGCCAGUGCUGAAGGUCCUGCAGGUCCUGGACCUGGGCGAGAACCUCCUGGGGAACGAGGGGAUCCAGGCUAUCAGGGAGCCUCUGAUGGUCAACAGCUCAGUACUGCAGCUCGGCCUGGCCCAAGCCGACAUCACCUGUGAAGGUGCUGUGGCGUUGGCAGAGUUUCUUGCAGAGAGUCGUCAGAUUGAGCAGCUGGACCUCCGUCAGAACGAGGUGAAGGUUGGAGGCCUGAUGGCCUUGUGUCUGGCCCUGAGGAUCAACCACUCUCUUGCUAACCUGCAUUUAGACCACAGCGCCCCACAGGAGCAGGAUGAGCUCCUGAUGGAAACUCAGACGAGGUUGCAGUCAGAGAUCAUCCAGCGCUGCCUCGCCAACGCCAGCCGCUCACACCUCGCCACAGAAACCUCUGAGACUCCACCUGCCGAGGCUGACGGACGAGCUGACAGCAUGACUACAGCCUGAGCUCAUACAGAAACACACACACACACACACACACACACACACACACACACACACACACAGCACACAGGAGGGAAAUGGCUAACCUUGUACAGAUCACCUCAGAAACCAGACGAUGCCAUGUCCCAGUGUCCCAAACCCAAACAGCUGACUAGCAGAUAUAUGCGAAUAAUAAUUCUAUCGCAAAUAAUGAUAACCAUAAAACUCCAAAUCCGGGUAAUAAAGGCAGAGUAGAGCUCCCUAAUGAAACGCCGGCCUCCCUGCUGCUUCCUGCCUAAUGUUCCCGCCGAGCCGCUCGCCACUUUCCAUAAAGCAAUUUUGCAAGCCCACUUCAAACGUGAAUCACCUAGAAAUGAAGAGAAGUGCCCUCCCCACCAACCACCCCCACCCUUCUGAACUCCCCCACCAUCAACCCCUUCCCUUUCCUAACACUAGAUAUACACUAGAGCUGUGUGUGUGUGUGUGUGUGUGUGUGUGUGUGUGUGUGUGUCUGUGUUGCAAAUCCCUGUUUGUGUUCCAUCAUCACUUAAUGUUCACAGUGAUGCAUUGCGGAACACUCCUCAGAGAUGUGUGUGUGUGUGUGUGUGUGUGUGUGUGUGUGUGUGUGUAGGGAUGUAGCGUCAUUACUCUGACAUUGGUAGCAGCCGUGGUCUCAGCCAAGUUCCAUCUGCAUUAAUCAGCUGCGAAGCAGAGGCAGGCAGACGUUCAACAGCAAUACAAUGUGAAACAAGUGAGUGGAGUGCAUGGAGCUACAGUAAACAGUGUGUCAGGAGCUGUGGAUGCUCGUAAACUGCUCUGAGAACAGGCCGAGGUGUCUGCAGGUCUGCUCACUGCUGUCCAUCUCGUGAACUGGUAGGCCUUCCUGAACACAGAUGACAUCAGCACCACAUCACGGCUCACAGUCUUCCAUACUCCCUCUUGCUAUUUGAGUGAAGUGCAUUCACACUGUCGGUUAUGUCUGAGUGCAGUGUACUGUGAGUACCCCGGACUGUGAAAAUGGCAGCUGAGGAAGCUUCUGGAGCUGAAGCAGUUGUACAUAUGUUUUAUAUUUUGGCAGUCAAAUAUUGCCGUUAAUGCUCCACCCGGCCAGGAGGUAAAGAAAAAAGCAUCAUUUAUUGAAAUUAGUACUAACUUCUGUCAGUACUACAUAGAAGAGUGCUAACAGAAGUAUGUAUGAGACACAGCUCAUGGCUGAUCUGGUUGGUUGAACUGACUGAGAGAGAUAGAGUGCCCUAUUGAUUUCUAGUGUUGCAGUAGCAAUUGAUCUUACAUUGUCCUAAGACUCAGACCUGUAGCUGUUAUCUCCCUGUAACUUACAAUAACAUUAAAUAUCAUAUUAUAUACUGCACUCGUGUAUUUAUCUAUAUGUACACAUAUAGUAUACAUGUAUGUAUGUACGUUUGAUUUCAAGUGUGUGAAGAUCUUUAAAUAUCAGGAUUUAAAAGUGCAGGUAGACUCUGAACUUUGGCAUUUCCAUGCACAUUACUGGAUCAUUGAAGAGGACAUUGUGAAUGGACUGCACCUAUGUGGCACCUCAAGGUGCUUUUACACUACAUAUCUCAUUCAGGCCUCCAGACAGGCAGACUGGAGGAGCCGUGGUUGACUGAUGAGUAGAGACCUGCUCUCCUUCCUGAGCCUGUACUUCGAGAUGUUUGGCUUUAAAUACUGGAAUUACAGCAACAACAGCUCAGUGAGGAUGGAGCAUUCUGAAAUGUGCUGGAAAAUGUUUAAAGAAUCAAAUGUAUGCUGUAAGUUGUAUUUCCCUGACAUCACCUGUGUUGUAUUGCAUGUAAACAUCUUAAAAAUAAUAAAAUCAGUG